AUGUUAACGCUCUCGGUGCGCUGCCAGCGCGUCUCCGGCCAACUGCUUGCUUCGUCGUCCACGAGUCCGCUCGUUCAUACACGUAGCUAUGCAACACAGCCAAAGAAAGGACAGAUCGUGAAGCAGGCCUCUCAGGGAUUCAAGGGGAAGAAGAACACACCUUCGGGUCAGAUGGAACCUGCAAAGAAGGACAAGAAAAUGAUGGCCUUCCAACCGCUGCCUGUCUCGCAACUUCCGCACCCGCUAUUUGAGAGUGAUCGUCCAGAUACCUUAACAUUGCAGUCAUUUCAUCCCGAAAUGCUUACGAGGGUCGUCGAGUCUCAAGCACUCAAAUUCCCUCAUAAUGACAAUGAUCCAUUCCGUAUCUUUGGGUUGCCGAGGAAUAUCCUUGUCGAGUUCCGCCUACUUUCUAAGCCCUGUUCUGUUAUACGCUCUGUGACGAUCGAUGCAAUUAACAAGUUGGACGCAGCAAGUGAAAAGAAUAGCAAGGAAUCUAGGGUUGUUUUUACCGGACCCCAGGGCUGUGGAAAGAGUUUCCUUCUCCUGCAAGCCCUACAGUAUUGCAAUGCUCGCGAUUGGCUAGUCCUCUACAUCCCUCGAGCAACUAAUCUUGUAAACUCUACAACUGCCCACACUCAUGAUAUGCGAACUCGAACUUACCUUCAACCAAUCUUCGCUUAUCAAACUCUUCAGCGAUUUCUCAAGGUUAAUACACCCCGGCUUGAACAGCUACGAACCCAGACCGAGAUAGAAAUUGAACGUCGCCCUCCGGUGCCCCCUGGCACACCCCUCGUGGAGCUCAUUAAUAUUGGCCUCAAGGAUCAGGGUCAUGCUCCGACAGUGCUUGAUGCGGUGCUAGAAGAAAUUGGGAAGCAGACAAUUUUCCCGGUGCUUCUGGCCGUUGAUGACUUCCAGGCAUUAUAUUGCAAGUCGCACUAUCGUGACCAACAUUUUUCGGCUAUCAAAUCGUAUCAUCUUUCAAUGCCACGCCUUCUGCUCGAGUACGCAUCUGGACAGAAGUCAUUUGCCCGCGGUGCAGUCUUUGGCGCGCUCUCGAUGAGCAAUACAACGUUCCCGCUACCUGUGGAGCUUCGUGAGGCUCUUUCUCUCGAGUAUGAUCGUCCCUAUGGACCAUAUGUCAAGCGGCAGCAGGAGCUCGUAGAAUACGCCCACGGCCUCGAGAGGCUGACAGUACCCAGCAGCCUGAGCGUGCCCGAAGCAGCAUCAGUUUUCGAGGUGUGGAUGAAGGACCGGGCAGUGCCUUCGAAACCCAAUGAUGAAUUGUUUCUGGCAAAAUAUAGUGAGGCUAGUGGGAAUGCCAGAGCGUUUGUCUGGAAGGGAUUGUUGUCGUCUAUGUCAGCAUAGCUUCUAUAUUAUCUGGGUGCGCGCCCUCCAUGGUCUGAGGUUGCCUGUCAUGAGGAUAUUCUGAUUCAGUCAGGGAGCGCUUUUUUACAGAGCCGUACUACUAGAAGCCGUAAUUGAAUCUCACUUGA